GGGCGGCUGGCUCCCAGCGGCCUGGACCACAGAGGCAGGACAGGAGUGGGGCUGUAGAGCCUGGCCUGAAGCCGAACUGCAUCUGGCCCUGAAGGGCAGAGCCGGGACACUCACCAGACAGCAGGACCAGCGCUGGGGUGAGCACCCCCUCGGGGUCCAUGUGCCCGCCCCAGGCCCAGGCAGAGGUGGGCCCCACCAUGACAGAGAAGCCUGAGAUGGUGUGUGCCCCCAGCCCAGCACCUGAACCACCCCCCAAGCCAGCCUCACCUGGGUCCCUGAAGGCAGAGGAGCUGGGCCACAGAGGCUCCUCACCCCCCGGGCUGCCCCCUGGCGUGCCAGUCAUCAGCCUGGGUCACACUAGGCCCCCAGGGACAGCCAUGGCCACCACGGAGCUCAGUGCCCUGCGGCCCCCACUGCUGCAACUGUCUGCUCUGGGAGCCGCCCCACCCCCCCUGGCCCUGCAUUAUCACCCUCACCCCUUUCUCAACAGCCUCUACAUUGGGCCGGCAGGACCUUUCAAUAUCUUCCCUAGUAGCCGGCUGAAGCGGAGACCAAGCCACUGUGCGCUGGAGCUGGCUGAGGGGCACCAGCCCCAGAAGGUGGCAAGGCGCGUGUUCACCAACAGCCGCGAGCGCUGGAGGCAGCAGAACGUGAACGGCGCCUUCGCAGAGCUCAGGAAACUGCUGCCAACGCACCCGCCCGACCGGAAGCUGAGCAAGAAUGAGGUGCUCCGCCUCGCCAUGAAAUACAUUGGCUUCCUGGUGCGGCUGCUGCGCGACCAGGCGGCUGCUCUGGCCGCAGGCCCAGCCCCUCCUGGGCCUCGCAAACGUCUGGCGCACCGAGGCCCGGACGAAGGCGCCCGCCGUGGGCCUUGUCGCAGGGCUGAGGCGGUGGCGCUCCCGCAGGUGGCGCUCCUACAGCCCGCGCACCCGGCCGGCUCCGACGGCAACCGCAGUGGGGCGGCCCGGCCCAUCAAGACAGAACAAGCGGCCGUGAGCCCCGACGUGCGGUGACCUCUGCGGCGUCGCCUCUGAGACCUGGGGCACUGGGAACUCAGCCCAGGGCCUUCGAGGAAGAGGCGGACGAGUCGCGACGCCUGCUCUGGAGAGAACUCCCCCGACGAUGAGGGACUAGUGAGCACGUCCCCUACGGGGAAAAUGGCCCGGGGGUCUGGAAGGGCGACCAUCACCCCCAGGGACCCUGCAGACCCUUUUAUCACCCACUGCCCGCUGGAAGUGGCCUUGUCCGAGUCCCCCUCCCGGGGGCGAGGUUCGGUAACCAACAUGGCAGAGCGGUCAACGGA